GUAGCCAAAUAUCCUUGCUUAGUUUCUAGAAAUUGUCCUUUGUUUGUAGAUGGACACGCAGGCAGUGGAAGUGUCUGCAAAUCCUGAUGCUGAUCAGGAAUAUACGGAAGGAGUGAGAGAAGUACAGCUACAUCUACCUGAAGAUGAAGGCGAGGGACUUGGUUUCAGGUUGACCAGAACACUAUGGGAUCCUUAUCCUUGGGUCCGAGAAGUAACUCCUAAUGGCCGAGCAGACCAGGCCGGGCUGAAGCCAGGAGACUGCAUCCUACAGGCCGAUGGAAAGGACCUCCUAGGUCUACCGGUUGGUCAAGUAGCUGGUCUCAUAAGGGGUGAUGGUGCAGGUGGAACUGUCAUGUUACUGGUGUGGAAUUGCGGAGUAGACCCUAAGGAUGAUCCUGAGUUGCUAUGGAGCUGUGGCGGCGGGUCCCGCGGUGAGCGUGCUCGUCGCGCGCUGGCGGGCGUGGUGCGCGCGCUGGCGUGCUCGUUGUGCGCGGCCACCGCUACCAAGCCGCUGACGUGUGCCAGGUCGCAUGUUUAUUGUGAAUCAUGUUGGGCAAGGCUAGAAAGAUGUGCACUAUGCAGAGAAGCUUUACCUUCGAAAAACUCGCCGUACGCCAGAAAUCUGGUGGCUGAACAGGUCUUCGAAGCAAUAGCAACAGAAUACGAGAUCAAAAAUCCCCACUUAAAACGCCCAACACACACCGCCUCAGCUUACACAUCACCAACCAGAUCCCCAUGCGUAUCCCCAUCACCAAACCGCCGCGGCCAAUAUCAACACUCAAUGAUGAACAGAUACAAGAAAACCGUGCAUUUCCCCGAAAAAUAUGGCCAGUACGCCUCCGACCCUAAUAUACACCGCUCAACUAAUACUAGAUUGGUAGAAAAUUCCCAAGCUGGCAACUCUAGGACAGCUGUCAAUGUCACCUGUCAAUGUCAAAGUGACGUUAACGUUCCGAAGAUUAAUGUGGAAAAUGUAGAUGAUGGGAAUAAGAGUAAUAAUGGGAGUGAUUGUUCUAGUAGUUGUCAGAGUUUGACGUUGCCUCAUAAACUUGUAGCGAGGUUAAGACAAGCGUGUUCGUUGGCUGAUUUGCAAAAUGCUGGACAGUGCUCGCUGUCUAGAUCUAUGAAUAACUUGGAUGAUGAAUGCAAAACCUGCCACCACAGUUCGUUGGAUAACUUGAAGAACAAUUGUAAUAAUUCAUGUGAUGUCCCGGUGUUUCUACUGCCUUCACCACCCGUCUAUGUUCUUACAACAUGUGAUCAUAAUAAGAAAGAAUAAAUAUAAUGAUGUCCUCCGAUUAUCGGCCACUGCGGCUGUUCUCAUAUAUGGAGAUCAGUCAGCUGCGCAGGACAUAUUAUAGUUCACGCACAUUUGCUUGGACUGCGGUGCACUCACUAUUCCUUCACUCUCAUAGCGCGAUGCGACGACAAUCCGACACCACCGGAGAGAGAUACUUAUUCACAUAUUAAGAUAAUUUAAAGUGUUAUAAAAUAAAGUAAUUAGUCCGUCUUUUAGAACAGAAUAAAGCCCAUUUUCCCAUAUCUUCAUCAUCAUCAUCAGGCUUUUUAUCGUCCCACUGCUGGGCUGCGGCCUCCUCUCACACGGAGAAGGAUUGAGCGUUAAUCACCACGCUUGCUCAAUGCGUGUUGGUGAUUUCAGACUAUAUAGUCCAGGUUUCCUCAAGAUGUUUUCCUUCGCCUUUAUUUUCUCACCUCUCUUUUACAGUCGGCUAAAUUGAUAGAUUUUUUUAAUAUUAUAAUUUUGUUUUACGUUUGUGUAUCGAAUUGUUAUUGUGUAAAUAAAUGCU